GGUUAUGUUUACCCCUCUGCAGCACCCGUAGUCCACAGUAAACCAGACGUGUACGUAACUUCGCAAAUUAUCGUAGACUGACAGUUUUGGACCAGAUGUCACAGAUGUUAUGCUUUGAGUUUUAGAAGAAAGGUUUUAUUUGCUUUAGUUAAAUCGUUACUAAUGUAUUAUUGGAAGAAUGGCGUCAGCUUUAACGUUAGACUUCGAAGAUCACCUAGAUCAUCAGCAUACAGCAAUGAACAAUGUCAGUGAUACGGGGAAUAUUUACAUUGACCAGGAUGGCGAAUGGGACAUCAGCCUGUUUGAUGAGCUGGAGGGCCUCGGCGAUGCAGAUGAGCUCUUCAAAGCCUUAGAGGGGGUUCCCUAUGCUGGCGAGGUUCCCGAACUGGACUUUGACAUGGACCUGCCUCCCUGGAGUCCUGACACCAGCGGAGAUGCCAGUAGCACCUGUACAGAUGGAGACGUGGAGGCGGCGUCACUCUCUCCUGCACACACACUCAGCUCUUUGCACUCCCCCCUGUCUGUCCAGGCCCACUCUCCAUACUCCCUACCGGAUGAGGCUCUCUCUCCUCAGCCUCAGGCGUCCCCGCUCUCUGUCUGCUCGGACUCCAGCGGCUUCUCUGAGCUCCCCCCUGAAAGACCACCACCCAAGAGGACCAAUCAGACUCCUAGAGCCAAGCCAGUGAAGAGGCCCAUUCAGCAGAGCCCUAAGGUGUCCAUCCAGCCCAGGCCUGUGAUCACGGCUGCCGCUCCCCUGCAGGCCAAAACCAUCAUCCUGCAGGCCCUCCAACCCAUCCAGCCUCUGCAGCCAGUCCUGCCCAUGGUCAAGCCUGCCAGAGUCACCAUCCAACCAGCUCCACCUGCAGGACGUCCUGUGAUAUUACCCCAACCUGCUCAGGUGUUCCAAAUCCAAACUGCUCAGACCAUCCCGACCAGAGUGGUUACCUUGUCAACACUGGUUCCAGAGCCACGGAUACCUUCUGCGGCCCCACCAGUGGUUAACAUGACACUCCAAAGUCCCGCCUCUGUCCAAAGCUCCUACUACGGCUCCGAUGAGGAAUCAGGCGCGUCGCGGCGUCAGAUGCGCAUGAUCAAGAACCGUGAGUCGGCCUCGCAAUCGCGCAAGAAGAAGAAGGAGUACCUGCUGACGCUGGAGUCCCGCCUGAAGUUGGCGCUCUCCGAGAACGCCCUGCUCAAGAACGAGAACGGCACCCUGAAGGAACAGCUGAACGGCCUCAUGAGCGAGAACACUGUUUUGAAAACCACUGCUCCCAAGAGGCGGGCUGUGUGUCUCAUGGUGCUCGUGGUCUUCCUGGUUUUUAACAUUGGACCAAUGAGUAAGUACAUAGACUCUGAUGGCUCCAAAGUUUCUAUAAGUGGAGCUCACACAGGAAGACAUCUGCUGGGCUUCACCCAGGACACAAACACCCCUGAGGAAUCGCCAGUGUCCAGCAGGGUGGAAGAGUCUGUGUCAGAUGAGAAGGCUCUGAUGGUGGUGAAGAAGACCCCCCUUGUUUUCGGAGCCCCGCCCCCCUGCCAGCCGGCCGUCAACAGGACAAAGUGCAUCAAGCUGGCUCAUGAACUGAGAGGUUGGGUGCACAGGCACGAGGUGGAGCGGACUAAGACCAGACGUCAGAGUAACACACAAACGAAGAGCAGGACCAUCCUGAAGGAGAAUGGGAAUAAGGAUGAGGUGACCCAGAUUCUGCCUGUCCAGUACACGGAGUCAGCAGAGAGAAUUUCAGGCAAUGAGUUGCAGGUGUAUUACGCCCCUCACCGCACCUACAACGACUUCUUCGACGAGAUUAACCGAAGGGGUGACACCUUCUACGUGGUAUCUUUCCGCAGGGAUCAUCUGCUGCUUCCUGCCACCAACCACAACAAAGGAAGCCGGCCCAAGAUGUCCGUGGUGCUGCCGGCCAUGAACAUUAAUGACAGUGUCAUUAAUGACAAGGAGUUUGAGGUGAUGAUGCAGAUUGACUGUGAAGUGAUGAACACCCGCAUCCUGCACAUCAAGACCUCCAGUAUCCCACCUUUCCUGAAGGCCAAUCAGACCCACAGUGACACCUUCUACCACCCCAACCCUGCUGGGGGCCAGCCCACGCCCACCGUCGGAGUCCUGGUUGGCUCUGCAUGACCUCAGUCAUCCCGGCUAACCAAUUAAAACUACUGUGAUCCUGUGAAGACUGCAAACAAAUUCACAAUAUAUCCACAAUGCAUACAGAAUUGAUCUCCCUCAUCCAAAGCCAGGAUAUGCAGUGUACCUUAAUGCAAUUAACUUUUCUGACCUAAUUUUUUUAAUCUUCUUUAUGACUUUGGGUGUUUUGGUAAAUAUUGGGCCCGUUUGUUGGUUUCUUAUGUGUUGCCUGGUGAUCAUGUGGUUGAAGGCUGGUAGUGAUAGGAUGGUGGUGGGGGGGGGUUAGGGGGUUGGUGCUUAAGGCAGCCUCUGACGUGUUGCAGCCGUGGGUGUCCCACCUCUCCAUCCUCCCACCCCCAGCCGACUCGUCUCUUUUCUUCAGCCUGCAUUUUCACCACUACUGUUGGGUGGGAGGCAGCGGUGGUGGCGGGGGGGAGGGGUUCCCAUACCAGGCGUCUGGGGGCCCCAGUGAAGCUGUCCUCCUACCACCACCGGCGUAAUUGGUGAGGGACAGCAGGAGGUGUGGAGUGAACCCUAACCCACCCCUCUCAUAACUUGCAUACCUUCAACCCUGAUGUCGACAGCCAUUUUGGAUUCUAAAAAUGGGGCGAUUUCCAGACUGAGAGUUCAGGCCAGUAGUGUGUCACCACUACCAGAAGUCUGUGAAUCCGAUUGGCUGUGUGAUGCUGUGUGUUUCUGGUGGUCAAUAGGAUGCUUGUCUGUGGUCCCUAAACACCUCACAUUGUGUGUUUCCCUAUCCUGCUCUUGGUCUCAGGAAAAUGUAGAACUCUGACCGUUCUCUUAUGGAUGGUUCAAGCCACUUUUGAGAUGCUGUUGUUUUUAAUGAUUAAAUUGUUACACAACAUUGCAAAAUAGAUUAUGUUUUAUGGUUGCUUUGCACUGGGUUUGCUUUGAUAGACAGGGAAUGUUUUGACGAAGAAAUAUAAUUUAUGAAUUUGUAUUAGUAUCAUAAGAGAGUGUAAGCAUUGUGAUGGCACACGGUAAAGCUUUUUGCAUUAGUUGGGAGCUUGUUUAGCUUUGGUUAAAUUCAUUUCUAUUCUACAUUAUGUCAUCUCCUUCUAGGACUUUUAGUUGCUUUUUAUAGUUAUUUGAACUGUUGCACUGGUGGAAUUUGUAUUUGACCCCCUUGUGAAGGUUUCCCCUUCUGCAAAUGGCCCCCUGGAAAUGUUCUAAUGUCAAAAUAAAAGAGGCCUGUGAGAAAAUGUCAUCCUCUGCGAGAGGGAGUCUCAGUGCCUCUGGGUCAGUCUCUGGCCAAGCGUUCGGCUGGGUUUGGAACGGAUCCAUCUGGAACAGGUGAAUUGCCUGGAUGGAGUCCAGUUCUGGUCAUCGUUCUUUCACCUCAUUCAAAUAACCGCUGGUCUACGAUCAGCUAUCAGAUUGGCAUGGUUUGCACUUUUACUGAAGGGCACUUGAACCAAUUUUUCAAAAGGAAAUCAAAUGUUUUAUGUUAACAUGCUAAUGUUGUUUUAUUAAUAUGAAGGUUAUAUUUUAUAUAUUGUUUUCUCUUUAUAAACAGUCCUCCAUUUUAUCCAUCUAUUCUUAUGAAGUAAUUUUUCUUUGUGCCUUUGCCCUCUUUGUGUUUGAUUUUUUUGGCCACUUCUCUCAGUCCUUCAGUAGAAGACCUGUUUGCUCUGUGUUGUGUGAGUUGCUUAGACUUGAGGAUGCCACUUGUCAGAUUCAUUGUUUGGAUGUUUUAAGCUUACUUUGUUCAUAAUUGAUGGUAUUGUUUGAUUUAUUCCUGAUGGGAUUCCCAAAGAUUACCUUCCCCAAAGUAAGGCUGGUCCUCACACCAUAUCCAUGGGCCGUUUCACAGGGUUUAGUCGUCACAGUAGAAUACCAUCUUUAGUGAGAUGUAGUGGUGUGUUUGUAGUACCCAUUAUUAAAUAUUGCCACAAUAGUUCACCAGUACAUUGCUUGUCAAUGAAGGGUCCACAUUUAAAAUGUGGUACAUUUUAAUGUGAUCAUUGCAUAAGUAAAUACAGUGCACAUUUUGACUGCAACUUUUCUAUGACCAUAAAAUUGAAUUAAUAAAACACUGGAAAUUCUCACAA